UCUAGGAGAAUAUUGAAAUGCUGGAUGGUCAUUAUGGAUUCCUUAGUGUUUCCCCUUUCCUUUCUUGGCCUUGCCUUUCUUGCCACCCUUCUUCUUUUUAGAGGAGGGUCCGAUGCUAAAGAUGCUAUUUGCAAUUGAAGGAAGCAGAGCUACGUUGAACUUAUCAAUAAGUUGGUUCGAGUUUUUAUCCAUACAUCUGUACUGGUAUCACUUCUUGUUGUUGGUUACCUUCAAGGUUGCUUUUCUGUCAAUGUUUCUGUACUUGAGAGUAUAUCUGCUGUUGAUAGGGUCUAAGUCAAAAAGUUCUCUUGAUUUUGCGAUGAAUUCGUCAAAGUCUUCUAAAAAUACCAUUAUUUUUAUUAAACAGCUGU